UUUUCCAAAUUAAAUCGAUGCUAAGCUCCAUUUCCGACAACCGAACAAAUCUUCAGAUUGAUUCAAAACCCCAAUCUUACGAAUCUUACACCUUCGCGCAUCCCCGAACAUCACGCCAUCGCUGAUACCUGAGAAUCCUCGCCGCCGAUCCCUUUAUCCGGCUUUAGCCGCGUUCCAUGUGAAACCUCGUCUCGACGCUCCGCCGAAUGUGCGGCGAAACCUCAUUCUCCGCCUCCCCCGCCACCUCACACGACGCCUCGCUCGAACCUUCGUCUUCUCACUCGCCGCCUGUAGCCGGCCCCCUCACACACCGCUUGUAGGUUGUCGCCGCCACGCCGCUUGUUACCCUUCUUCUCACACGCUACUCACCGCCUACAUUGGUUGAGGUGGAAUCAAAGUAACACCGUGAUAAAGGAGACCGAAGCCUUGACCUGGUUUCGUCCUUGAUAUCUUGAGCUUCUCAGGUUCACAAAAGGCAUCUUAGAUUAUUGUUUUAAAAAUCAUGCCUCAACUAGAGGAGUCAGAGAAUAGUGAUCUUCAAUUUCGAUGGGGUAAAAGAAGAGGGGUUGGCAAUGCUAACAAGGAUGUUCAGUUUUAUGAAUCAUUCAUCUUCGAUGAAGAGAGUUAUUCCUUAUAUGACAAUGUGUAUCUGUUCAAAGAAGGUGAAAGUGAUCCUUAUAUUGGAAAAAUAUUGAAAAUUUGGGAGCAACCCAGGCGUAAAAGAAGAGUAAAGAUCUUAUGGUUCUUUCGUCCAGAUGAUAUUAUUAAUUAUUUGGAUGGACAUGUAUCAUCAAAAAAUGAUCUCUUUUUGGCUGCUGGGGAGGGUGUUGGUCUUUGCAAUAUUAAUCCUUUGGAAACUAUCGCUGGAAAAUGCAGUGUCAUUUGUACGUCGGGAGAUGAGAGGAAUCCACAACCAUCCAGUUUUGCUAUAAAAAAUGCAGAUUUCACCUUUUCCCGAUUCUUUGAUGUUGGGACUUGUACAGUAUUAGAAAGACCACCAGAUGCAAUAGCUGGAGUUGAAUUGAAAUUUCUUCUAAAUCAUCCCGAGGAUCAGAAGCUUGAUCACUCUGUCAAACUUGAAGUGGUUGAUUCAGAUGCCUUUGAUGACAAUUCUAGCAAGAAGUUGGGACCAAUUACUGAUUUACCAAAACAACAUAAUACACAAAUUGAAUUUAAUCCUGGAACAAAGAAACCAAUUAUAAAAUCUGAGGAGGACUAUCUUGAUAAUGUUGUUCAGAGAAAAGUAAAACCAAAGGAUGGCUUGAUAAAAAAUAUAGAUGAUCAGGAGAAGAGGCAUCCCAGUUCUAGGAAGCGAAAAUAUACUUCUGAUGAAGAUAACGAAGAUGAUGAUUCAGGCUGGGUGCCAAAGGCAUCGUCUCAGCUGGCACUUUCCAAGGCCAAGAGCAACUCAUUGGAUGCACUGCCACAGAAGCCAAAUUCUGCUGCAUUACAUCGAAGCAGAUGGUUUGCAGAUAUGCCUUGGAAAGCAAGAAUUGAAAAAGCUCACAACCAGGAAAAACUAAUUUUUCUUGACAACUUGGAUCCAUCUUAUUCAGCAAGCGAGGUGGAGGAUUUGCUACGUGAAGCCUUGAAUAUUGAUUGCACCGUGAAGAUCAUACCCCAGGUUACAUUCCAAAAUCCUCACUAUGGCCAAGCAUAUGUUAUCUGCAAUACGAGAAAUGAGGCAAUCAAUGCGGUUCAGGAGAUUGAUGAAAAAUGUUUAAUUUUAUCUGAUGGAAGACCUGUCUGUGCCAAACUUGGCAUGAUUGAAUUGCCCCCGAAAGCGGCUAAAUUUCCAGGCCAUUUGAAAGUUGAAAAAGGGCGGCUCCAACCAACACGAAUAGAACAUAAACAAGCUGUGGCAACUUCUCACUGUUCUCAACCCAACACGAUCGAAUACGAGUUAGCUUUGGACUGGUUGUUUCUGUUCGAGAAGUAUCAGCGGUCUAAAGUGAAACUAUUCAAGAAGCAGGGUACACAAUUGCGAGCCUUCCUGAACAAGUACACUGGUAAAUAGAGCCAGUUGUGAUUGACCUCACCUUCCUUUUCUUAGGCAUCCAUUUUUCCUCAUAAAGAUUAGCUUUCUUGAGGAGAACAAUGGAGUCUCAGACCAGUAAUAAAUACAAGAUGAGAUUUUGAGAGGAUUCAGCAGCGAAGGGCCAUGAAAAUGGCGUGCAGAAGCAUGGAAAAGGAGGUUCAGAGCACUGUUGAUUCGUCUUGUAUGUCGCUGUCUGUGUCGAUCUCUUUUGAUGCACCCAUUAUUGAAGCUGUGUGAUGUAUGCAAAUAUAUUUGUGUAGCUCAUUUUUAUUUUGGAUGUUUGCAGUAACUGAAAUUUUAGUGAGUUGUAACUCAGUUUAUUGAUAAUUUAGUUAGAUUUUAAGUAAUUUAAUUAGAGGAUAGAGUUUGGAAGUUUGAUUUGAUAGGACUUUUUGCUGUGUUGGCUGCCUGUACAUGGGAAUUUGGCAACAUAUUUUUAUCAUCAAUGCCGUAUAAAUUAGCUGGUAGCUAUUG